UGGGGUUUUUUGGGGAGGGAUUGUUGAUUUCUGUUUGUUAUGUUUUGUUGUUGUUGUUUUUUCUGCAAAAUAUCUGCUAAGAAACCUUAAAAAUGUGGGGAACUAAGACUUGGCACUUUGUCACCGGAGAGAAGAGCAGUGAACACAUCUUCAGAGGGUUCCAGAUGUGUGCCCUUAUGGAGAGAGCAUUCUGCCCCUGCUGGAGGGUGAAAGUAGCUGUGUGGGUAAGGUGGGCUUUAUUUGCAGUGUUUCCCACUUUUUAACACACUGUUUCUCAUAAUUUUCUUAUGGCAACCUUGGAUUAACCUGGAAUUUACCUGCACUCACUUAAUCUCCCUGUGCCAAAAUAGCUUUUACUUCAAACAGGAAAUAGCUGACUGCUUUUGUUUUGUGAAAAUUGGUGUUACCAUUUUAGAGUAUUCUUGCUUUUAAAAAACUUGGGAAUUCUGAACUUGGCUUUGAACAUAAUACUUGUUAUUCCUGUUAAAAACAUAUUGGAAAGAGAGCUUUGUGCAGCAUGACUUCUGAGAUGGUGAGAUACUGGGUAAAGAGGUUGUGGGAAAGGCAAAUGUUUGGAGUGUGGUAAGUAAUGAAGAAAGAUAAUAUAUAUGUAUCAUUUAUACCCUUUUAAAAGCUGGAACUGUUGCCCAGGCUCCAGUGCAAGGUGAGCCAGCAGUGGGUGAGGAGGGCAAAGGGCAGCCAGGGUAAGAGCUGGGCCUUCACACCAAAGCCCCCAAGAGCUCUGGGUUGGGCUCCUCAGCUGCUGCAAACAGCCAGAACAGAAUCCAUCUGCUAAAGAGAUGAACUCCACUGUCCCUGGGCAAAAACCAGUGGUGCAAAGUCUGAAAGGGUGAUUUGUUUCCUGCCUCAUCAAGUAUGUGAUGCUGUAAGAGGAUUGGAUUUGCAUAUCCAAGGAGCAGUGACCUUUCCUAUUAUUGGUUACUUAGGAUUCCCAACUUAAUGUUUGCUGUGUUGCUCUAAUUACCCCUACCAAGGUAUUCAGUUAAAAGUCCAUAGGUAAUUUCAAAUGGGUUGCAAGGUAGCAUUGCUCAGUACUGAUGGGCCAAAACAAGACAUUCAGCUUUCAAGGGAGGGCUUAAGGUCCAUGAACGGUGACUGGAGCUCAUCUUGCAAGUGAGCACUGCAGGUGGAUGCCUGCUGCCCGAAGAUCCCUUGACAUGUGUGAGAAGUGUCCUUGGUGAGGUCACUUCUGCAAGUGGCACUCUUUUAAUAGUUUGGUUUGACAGCAAUCUUACUGCACAGCACAAAGCCAGGCCAGAAGGAAGGGAAACUUUUCCACCUGAAAUAAAAGUAUUGUGUUCAUGUUUGCCUGUUUUUUUUGGACAAAUCUUGAUUUUAUAGUGUCUCUACAGAAAUUCCUCCUUUUCUUUGCCUGAACCAAAAGCUGUUUUUGAGCAUGUGCUGUAAACUGCUGUGUGACUGACCGAUGAGCUUGAAUAUAAAAAUGUUAUAGUCUGUAUUUUAUUAUAAUGGAUGAAAUCAGAAUUCUGUCAGUCUUUAUUACAAAGCCUUUAUCUCCUUUCUUCCCAUUACUCAUAACUUUUUUGUGUGAUUUUAAGUGUUGGCUCUGUAGGAUUUAAACAUACUUGUGUUUGCUAUAAACCUACAAGGAGGGAGAGACAUUUGUGAGAAAAAGUUUUACUUGAGCUACAAAUUUGACUGCAACAAAUGUAAUAGUAAUGAAUUGAAGAACACCUCUGCAUCUUUUAAACCUGCAAAUUUCAGUGUACUGCUUCUAUUACGUGAAGUUUAGUUUUAUGUAGUGAAGAAUUAUCAGGAAAUUUCACAUCUGGUACGUUUCAAAAAGGCUGCAACAAAGUUAUUUUAAUAAGAAAAAUGAAUGCAUGAAUUAUUUAAAAUAGUUGGUGCAACUGUUCCUAUUAACUAAUCCAGGCACUUGGAAGGCAAUUACACUGAGCUUUGACAACACUGCCAACCCACUGCACAGUGCCUUAUGCCAAAAGCUAUUGUUGUUUUGUUGACCACGUUCACCAUUACAUAUGCAUAUGAAAAAACAGAGGCAUUUUCAUCGGGAUUACCCUAAUAGCAUUAAGAGAUUAUUUUUUAAAUUUCCUUGGAAGGAAAUUCACUUAAAUGAGAUUACUUAUUACUUGACUGGUUUCCUAUCACGCUUCCAUGUUUAGGUAAGUGGAGUCCAUUAGAGUAUAAAGUUUUUUAAAAAACUGAUUUUAUACAUUAAUGAUUUCAAAUAAAAGAGAAGUACUAUAUUUGUGCACAGCUUCUUUUGAGAAAGUGAAGUCGAUGCUCUGGUUAGGAGAGAUAACACUUUUUGUCCCCCUUGGUGGCCCCCCUAGUGUCACCAUUAGUUGCUAAUUACUUGCAAACAAAUAAACAAUUAACUCCUCGUGCCUCUUGGUGGGAGAGUUUUCAUUGACAUGCUAAAACUUUCUAAUAAAAGAUUUUAAUUAAUGACGUUACAAAUCCAACCCCCUUGUCAACAUGGCUAUAAGGAGGCCUUGCGGAGCGAUGCGGGCGCAGUGCCCCUGCUAUGCUGGCUCAGGGCGAAGGCAUGGCCGCUCCCUCGCUCUGCGCUGCCGCCACGGCGGCCCCUCCGCAGCGCCACAAGGUGCCCGCCUUUGGCGACAGCAAAAGCACGCCCUGCUCCUUCUCAAUCGAGAGUAUUUUGGGGCUGGAGCAGAAAAAAGAUGGCAUUCCAGCUGGGAAACCUCACAGACCCUGGAUGGAUGCAUGCACCAGCUUGGUUUUAGGUGAUGACAGUAAUCCCCAUCUGCAAAUCCCUGUUGUUUGCUAUGAAAAUCCAUUAUUUCAUGCUAGAAGUGAUCCAGUGCAAGAGGAAAACGUUUUGAAAUGUGAAAAAUACUUUUCAGUCACUGAAAGGCUGUCUUUCAAACGGGAAUUGAGCUGGUACCGGGGUAGAAGACCAAGAACUGCAUUCACUAGAAGCCAGAUUGAAGUCUUGGAAAAUGUUUUUAAAAUGAACUCCUACCCCGGCAUUGAUAUUAGAGAAGAGCUAGCUCGCAAAUUAGAUUUAGAUGAAGACAGGAUCCAGAUCUGGUUUCAGAACCGCCGUGCAAAGCUGAAAAGAUCCCACAGAGAAUCUCAGUUUCUAAUGGUGAAAAAUACUUUCACCUCCAGCCUGCUGGAGUAGAAGGAAGGAUGCUUUGCUGUUACAGUACUGCUACAGAAAAUGAAGAAUUGUUCAUAACCUGUAUUAAGUAAUGAUAUAGUAAUUAUGAUUUUAUGCCCAGAUUUGAAAGUUUAUUAUAAUUUUCAUUCAAAUAAACUGUAAAUACUUGAAGUAUUAUUCUAAUCUACUUUUUGUGGGAAAAGUGAACUUUUCCUAUACAUAUUUGAGUAAGUAUUUUCAGAGAUUUUGAGAUAUUUUUACAGUUUAAACCAAUGCAAACCCUAGGUUGCACAAGAAUUUCACUAUUAUGAAUUACUGCAGGUCACUUGACAAGCUCUAUGGUCUUAGAAGUAUUCUGUUUUAA